UAGACUAUUGUAAACAUGGUCCAUUAUCGUGCUCACGUCGAUUUUUUCCACUGCUGGGAUAUCCCAUCAUCUGUUUUUCAUUCGUACCAAGAUCGCGUCCGGGAUCGCAUCUCAAUAGCAAAGGCGUCGUUUAGUCAACAUAUUAUCAGUCAUGUCAGUGGCAGUGAUCUAACAAACAUAGAGUUUACAAUACAAAAAAUUGGUAGGAUGUGUUAAUCACGAUUGACGGAGUUACGGAGCCGGCGCCGGAGGAUUUUGAGUAACUUAGAACCCGAGCGGAAUUAUUAUUUUCUAACUACAGUACCUGUGCGGUACCGGUGGAUCAGUCUUGAAAAAGUACUAAUAACCUCGCAUGCUUGUGUGAGUGCACUGUACCGGCAAACCAGUAUCACUAUCAGUAAAUUAACGGCUCGAUCUUCCCAAAAUGGCGUAUCGACUAGCCAUUCUCUCAAGAGCAAGAAACGGUCUCCUCUUCAUCAACAAAAAUCGUGUGCAAUUAAAUGUAGAACUAGAAGGUCAUCGUGUGUUGUGCAAUGGAAUGGGAGUGAGAUUCAAAACUGCUGCAGCAGCAGCGACAAAGCCUCAGAAUGUUCAGAGUCAGACUAAUAAUCACAAUGUGGAAGUUGUGGACCAAGUCCAAGAUCAUGAAGAUGCUGGAAGUAAAAGAUUGUCUCCUGCGCCUGAAACCAGAACGGGCAUGACGGGUUUAGAUCUGUCAUUUUCACAACCUGAAAUUGCAUACAGCAGCAAGACAACUCUGGAAUUAUUACGAUCAAUCAUGGUUCUCAAACUUUGUCAGUUUGACUUUCUUGUUAAAUACAAUAAACAGUUACUGGAUUUCUCCAGGAAGAUUCUUGGAAAGCGUUUAUUUGAAGCAUUGAUGAAGGCAACCUUCUACGGCCAUUUUGUAGCGGGGGAAGAUCAGCCAUCGAUCAAACCAAAAGUUGAACGUUUGAAUCGCUAUGGGGUAGGAGCCAUCUUGGAUUACAGCGUCGAAGAAGAUAUCCCUCACAAUCAGGCUGUAGAUGCAGAGAUGGAAUCCUGCAUUUCAGAAGCUGAUCACGACGAGAAAGGUAGAUUGGAAAUUGAUUUAUGUUAUCUUAAAUGCAAAUAGUCACCCAUUCUUGUAUGUAGGCUACAUGAUACAGGAGUUUUUCAAUGAUUGUAUUAAUGAGUGAAUGGGACAUAGAUAGUUGGUCAUUUGUUAUUUUGUUCUUAAAAGCUUUCUUAAUACAAGUUCAAAAAGAAAAGCUGCCUCUCUCAAAAGACACAUUGGCCUCCUGUCAAAAUUUAAGUAGCUUUAAAAUGAAACUAUAAAAUAGUUUUGGUACAUUGAAGCUUGUAUAAAGAUUUGGUAAAUGUUUAAUAUGUGAUUUAUAUGUACCGUAUUAGUUUCAUUUUGAUUUUCCAGAGUGGACUCGUGACCUUUAAUUUUUAAACAUUCUUAAUGAAAAUUUCAAUUUUACAUUUGAAAUUAUUUAGCACCCUCUCUGGAUUUUUUUAUUUUUAUUAAAAAAAAAAAAGGCAAUUUAAACUUCAAUAUUUUACGGAUUUAGUGAUUGCGUAUAUUAGUAAGAUACAAACAGAUUCUUCUAUGACAUUUUCAUUCCAAUCUGUGCUUGAAGUAAUUGUUUUUUUGUACUUUAUAAAAGAAGAAAUACACACUGAAUUUUACAGUACAUGUACUUUGAUUGCCAUCAGUUGCCCAAUAAAAAUUGAUUUACUCGUCAAAUUACAAAAUAUAUCCAUUAAAAUUUAAAUAGGGCUACAUUUUAUUUCAUAUUGCCCAUUACAUUUAGGACUUACAUUUGUAAUAAAUUUGAAUAGUGAAUAACACUUUUUUUUUUUUUUUGUUGGGGGGGGGGGGGGGGCAACAGUUCAUAUACCCUUCCAUAUAUUCCAUGUAUAAAGAUCGAGGGAAAAUUAGAUGUAGGACGGUAGGGCCUAAUUUACUGUUUUACUGCUUAGAAAUGUUCAUUUUAGAUUACAAUAUCUAUAUAUUUGGGUAUUGAACCAAAUAGUAAAUUAUAUUACAGGGUUUUAUUGCAGCUUUCAGGGUGCUGUGAGAGUAUCAUGAGUACAUGUAUGUGUCAUAGUUUGGACAUCUGUUUUAGCUCAUGGUUUGAACUACAUGUACCUCAAACCAUGGAGAAUAGCUCCAUGCUCCAAACCUACAAACAGUACAGUAGGCCUAUGUAUGUGGAUCUGACUCUGCAAAAACUAUUAUGCAAUGUGCUUAAACAAAGAUUUGAUGGCAUUAUUCAUGUAUGUAACAUCCAUCCACCCACGAUUGCUUUCCCUUGCAUUGAUUACAUAACAGGAGUGCUUCUAUUCUAUUCUGUUCUGUUCUAUGUCAACCAAAUUGACUGAAACGUUGACUGAGAUUGCUUCACUUUUGGAAAUGUUGAAGAAAAAAAAUCCUUGAAAAAAAAUCAUCAUUCUAUUUUAUCACACCCUAUUUAGUGGACCAAAGCGGUGAUUGAGAGCAGAUUCACUUUUACACAUUUGUUUAGAAAUAAAUGGUUGUAUUUUUCUUUCUCUUACAAAACAAAAUAAACUGACUUUUGCCUUUGAAGUAAAGGAUGAUUAAAAUUAGAUUUCUUGUUUUGUGUUGCAUUGAGCCACAUACAUAUUAAGUACAACUCCUAGAUGUUUUUCACGUAAAUUCAACAAUCAAAUACUUAUUUCUGUACAUGAGGGUUCAUUCUCAUUGUUUUUCUUCUCUUUAAUUUUGAAAUAAAUUUAAAUGGCAUCCUUGCAUAAUUAAUAUGUUCAUCUGUUGUUCUUUCCAUGGGGGUGGGUGCUGGGGCAUUACCCUUCAACCCCCAUUUGUUCAAAAUUUUAUUUUUAAUGGUAUAUUUACAUUUCCUCCCUACUCAAAGUGUUUAUUUUGCUCCAUAUAUUAUGUUAUUAAUUUAUUUUAAUAGUGGAAUAAAUUGAUGGUCAAUAUUGGCCUCUCAUUUUAUGUCA